AAUACACUUCGAGCCAACACUGAGGGCAAUUUGAUUACAGAGCAUAAUUCUUCCCAGUGGGUGGGACGUUUUAACCAGACUUGCCCACUUUUUUUCUUGCAGUAUCAUUGGAGUGUCUUUAACGUGCAGGCUAAUAUCACACACAGAGCAGCCCCUCCCUGUUUAUCAACCUCCCACAGCCUGUGAAGCACUCAGUGUGCCUCUGGCCUUUGCCACAAACAUGAGGUUCAAAUUCCCUCUCAUGGCCAUUGGCCUGGAGGUUGGUAUGAUUGUUUUAUUUGCAUUCUUUGUUGAGUAUGAAGUGGAUCAGGACAUUUACCAGCAUCCCAAUAGCACCAUGGCACAAAAUGUGGACGGAUUCAUUGAGUUGUACCCUGUAUUUCAAGAUGUGCAUGUUAUGAUAUUCCUUGGGUUUGGCUUCUUCAUGACCUUCCUGAAGAAAUAUGGCUUCAGUAGUGUGGGCAUCCACCUGUUGAUUGCUGCCCUGGGCCUCCAAUGGGGCACUCUGGUACAGGGGAUCCUGCACAGCCAUGGACAGAACAUUCACAUUGGAAUAAAAAACAUGAUAAAUGCAGACUUCGGUACAGCCACAGUUAUGAUUUCUUUUGGAGCUGUCCUAGGAAAAAUAAGUCCAGUCCAAAUGCUGAUCAUGACAAUCAUAGAAAUUACUGUCUUUGCUGGCAAUGAAUAUCUGAUUUCUGAGGUGUUUAUGGCCUCUGACAUUGGAGCGUCCAUGACGAUUCAUGCCUUCGGGGCCUACUUUGGCUUGGCUGUAACGGGUGUGCUGUAUCGGCCAGGCCUGAGAAGGGGUCAUGACAACAAGGACUCUGUGUACCUCUCGGAGUUGUUUUCAAUGAUUGGUACUCUUUUCUUAUGGAUAUUUUGGCCCAGCUUUAAUUCAGUCUUUGCUGAUGUUGGAGAAAAGCAGUACAAGACCAUCGUCAACACAUACUUCUCCCUUGCUGCCUCCGUACUCACAGCCUAUGCCUUCUCCAGCCUCGUGAACCACCGAGGCAAGCUGGACAUGGAACACAUUCAGAAUGCCAGCCUCGCUGGGGGAGUUGCCGUGGGCACCUGUGCGGCCAUGGAGAUCCACCCGUGCAUCGCUAUGAUCAUUGGGAGCGUUGCCGGAAUGGUCUGCGUGAUUGGAUUUGAGUUUCUGACGCCAAUUUUUGCUAGUGAACUGAGGAUCCAAGACACAUGUGGGGUUCAUAACCUGCAUGGUUUACCUGGUGUGAUAGGAGGCCUUGCGGGCAUUGCGGCAGCGGCCUUGGGAGCAUCUGACGUGUCUACCCCUGCCAUGCAAGCAGCGGCUCUAGGUUCUUCCAUUGGAACAGCAGCUGUUGGAGGGCUGAUCACAGGCUUAAUUCUCAAGUUUCCCAUCUGGGGACAGCCACCUGACCAGAACUGCUAUGAUGAUUCUGUUUUUUGGGAGGUCCCUAAAUGGAGAGAACAUGACAAUUAUUUCUAUGAGCUUAGCGGCCACAACCGGUUGGAACCUGACCCCUAAUACCAUUCCUCUACCUCAACUUCCUGUCUCUUUAUCUGCAAUAAACUCAAAUUUAAACAAACAUAAAGCAUCCAGCAAGAGUACGGACAGGAAUGGAAGAUGCUGAGCCCCAAGUGUUUAGUGUAAAAAUGUCUUAACAUAAUCUGUUGUUGUCUCUUGAUAUUCAUUGAUGGUUUAGUUGAGGAACUAUGACUCAUAAAACAGAUGGUCGAGACUAAUCUUGGCCAGUGGGUAGGUACAAGGUGAACGUUUGAUGUAUGUUCAUGUGAUUUUUCCCCAUGGAGGUAGAAUUACAUAGAAUCAACACUUUCUAAACAUGUCAGUUUCUUAAAUGUAGUUAUAAAACUGGAGCCAAUGAAAUAAUGAUGUAUAUAAGAAUUAUGUAUAGAAAGACUAGCCUUAGUUGCCAAUGUUUCUAUCUCAUCAAGAAAGGACAUCAAAAAAGGAAAAACUGCCAACUGUUGUCAUUUCAUCUUAAAAGAAAAAGAGGAGUCUAAUAUCACAAAAAUGGGGAGGACAUAGAUUCAGGAUAAAAGACAAUCAUUUCAAUUGAAUAAAAUUUACCCUGCAUAAUAAUAAAAUAAAAUAAAAACAAUAAAGUAUCAACACUUGUACUUAAAAAAAAAGACUUCAAGGAAGCUCCACCUACUUUACUUCCUGAGUUGGGGUUUACAUGCAAACCUAAUUAGUUCUCUCUAACCUCUUUCUCCCUCAGAUCUCCAGAGAAACAUGCAUAUACAUUCACAUACAUCAAUACAUACAAUGUAUUCAUCACUGUACCUGUACAUAGCACAGGUUCAAAAAAGAUGUAUAAAAAUUGUAUGUAUGUAAAGCAAUAAUAUAAUUGUUUUUGGUAGCGCUUUCUUGAUUUUAAAAAUUGUUGAGUUAGUAAUGUUAUAUCUUUGCUUGAAUAUUCUUUUGCUUAAUUUCUUUUGUAUGUAUACUACUUGAAUAUAUAGCUCAAAUACUAUCUGACUGAAGUCUAUGUUGUAUUCCAAUGGCUUAAAUAUUAUUAUAAAAUAAAGAAUCAGUCUUUGGCUCUGGUUUCUUUGGAGGUUAAAAUUUAUUUUAUUAACAGCAACAUAGUAUUAUCUUUUAAUGAAAGUCCUGAAGUAUAAACAUAAACAGUGUAUCCUAGAAAUCAUCCUCCAGCUUUCUGCCUGGGAAAAUCUGUUAAGUGACUCCUCCUCCCCUAGUAUGAGGAGGGGGAAGUUUCCAGAAGAUUUUGGGCUGUUCUUAAAGUUCUUGCAGGUCAUUCUCUCACUAGCACAUGAAAUCAAAAGGUCAUGAGUCCAGAAGUGCAUUUAAAGUAUUUGCUUAUGAACUCCCUCAGUCAGAACAGAAAAGCCAUUAAAGUACUGUCUCAAUUUUUCUGCCUUUGACCAAAAAGUAAAGAAAACCAAAAAAGCUCAUAUUCAAAGGGAAAACUGAUUACUUUAAUCUAGUAUUUUAACAGUUGUUCUGGAUAUGGGGAUUUUUAUUACUUCCUGUUCAUAAAAUUUAUAACACAGAUUGUUGUGUAAUAAUAGCCUUUAAUUUGGGGUCAAAUCUUUAUUAUUUGUUAUGAGUAAGCAUAAAUGGCAGACCAGAGGUGAAUAGCACAGAAUCAGUCAUUGCUAAAUUAUUUGUGAAUGUAUUGUUCAGCAUUGUUAUUUUUGAAGCACACAGCAUUACUAAUUUUCCUAAUUGUAUUUCAGUGUUGGUGGUGUGUGUGUGGGUGUGUGACCACAAAGCUUCUGUACAAAAUUUAAUUCUGAAAUGUCUUUAGAAAAGUUAAGGCUGAAGAUAGGAAGAGAAAGUGGGCCAGGAAUAAUAGAUGGUUCUUUUUUGUGUGUGGUUCUUACUGUGAUCAUAGGAAAAAAAACAAAACAAAAGAGUGUUGUCUGGAUUUGUCACUAAACAUUGUUCUGCUUUCAUUUAAAUUCCAAAUGUAUGAACAGAAUGAGACAAUCAGUUAAAACCAGAAAUAAGAGGUGUCACAAACUUAAUGGCCUUAUUUUGCUAUAGCAAUAAAAUGACCAAGAAUCAUCUUUUGAAAGUUGCUGCUAUGGAUAUUUUUAGCUAUAAAAAUUUACCUUUGUUUUCACCUGACCUGUCUUCUGUAAUUACAACAUAAUAUAGUUGGUGUUGUGGUAUGCUAACAAUUCAAGGUGGGUGGGAAAAUUUUUAUAUAUUUUACCAGAAAGGCAAAACUCAAUGACUUGUUUAUAGGUGCCGUAAACAAGCAUGCUUCUCCUUCAAAAAGAAAAAUUAAUAAU